AUGGAAGAAAUAUAUAACGUCACAGCCUUAUCAAAAGAAAUCACCGAUGCAGGACAAACUUAUUUUGAUAUAAUAAGUGAAAAAACAACAUAUAGACUAGAAAAUUUCCCCCCUACAGAUACAUCAAUCAGAAAAAUAGACACUUUCACUUUCACUGAUAGAUACGGAGACAACCCAGUAACAGAAACAAUAUUAUUUUCUCAGAUAGCUCAACACAGAUAUUUCGUAGACGAUACUCCAACAGCAGAUAAUCUAAAAUCGAACGCCUAUAUAACACCAGGUGGAACAUAUUGCAUGUUAAUACAUAAUAAUUCAACAAGUUCACUAUCAAUUCCACCACCAACAGACGCUCCGGGAACAGAUCAAUUAAUAAUCCGCCUUGACAACAACACGACAACAGUACCAAUUACUUCAAGAAAAACUUCAACUUCAGUAGUUUCUCAACCACCGGUAGCAGGAGGAGGAGAUACUUUAAUAAUAAUACCACCAACAAACAGAACAAACGUUCAUUUUAUGAAUACUCCUCCUCAAGAAAACAUGAAAAUAAGAUUAGGUUGCAGUAUAGGAGAUAUAACCUCGACAUACAGCUUAUUCUCUUUUAGCAUUCAAAUGUUUGACUUAUCAACGCUUCUUUCAAAAACUUCUUAA